AUGGGUAAGCAAUUGGUGAGAAUGAAGGCGGUGGUUUACACCUUGCCUCUAUUCCCGCAGAAGGUGAUGCUGGGCCUCCGGAAGGAUCUGCCUAGUAAGAUCCACCACAAGAUCUCUGAAAAUUGGACCAGUGCUACCCUUCUCCUUAGCCCUCUCGUCGGAACAUGCUCCUAUGUGCAGUGGUAUUGGGAAAAGGAGAAGAUGGAGUACAGAUACUGAAAAUUCCAUGUUUUAUCUACUCUUACUGGCCAUGA